UCCUCCUCCGCCCCAGAGCACCUUGGGUCCCUCCUGGCCCUCGGGACACAACUGCGCUGGCCACCAUGGACUUCAGCCUGGCGGCAGCCCUGGAUUCCAACUCCAAGAAGCUGGAGGGGGCUUGCAAGCUGGGAGACCCCAAGCACGUUCCUCCUAAAGCUCAUGGCGGGCCAGGGGCACCCCAGAAGCCGCGGCCCUGCCACGGCAGCUCCUCAGAUUCCAGCAGCAGCAGCAGCAGCAGCAGCUCCAGUGACUCGGACUGCGAGGGGAAGCCCCACGCCGCCGGCUCGCAGAAGCACAAAGGCACCGCGGACAAGCCCAAGAAGCCCAAGAUGAAGAAGGACAAGGACAAGAGGAAGAAGGGCAAGGAGGCUGCCCACUGAGGGGGCGGGGCUCAUUAAACCUUGCCCUUAGUCUGCU